UGAACUUUGCACUAUUUGAAUAACAGUCUGGCUGGAGGCAUUUAAAAGGAAAAAUGGAGAAAAUUUCUCUCCUUACUUUAACAUAUGGAACUUUCAUUUUAAUAUCUCAUUUCUGUCUGACGUCAUCAGUCUCAGUGUUUGUGUCAAGACAGACAGCUCAGUCGGGGUUAUUGAGACAGAAGCGCUUUAAUAAAGGAGCGCUGGAGGAGGUUCUGAGAGAUAACCUGGAGAGAGAGUGUCGAGAGGAGAAGUGCAGCUUUGAGGAAGCACGUGAAGUGUUUGAAAACACGGAGCAAACUAGGGAGUUCUGGAUCCGAUACAUCGAUGGAGAUCAGUGUUUGUCGUCUCCUUGUCAAAAUGGAGGGACGUGUAAAGAUGCCAUGAGCUCCUACACGUGUUGGUGUCGCAUCGGCUUCAACGGGAAGAACUGCGAGCUUGAGAUAGCGAGGCAGUGUGAUGUAAAUAACGGAGGCUGUGAGCAGUUCUGUGUGGUGGAUAAACUAAAGGGUGUGGUGUGUGACUGUGCUGAUGGAUACACAAUCGGCGCAAAUGAAAGGAGCUGUGAGCCGAGAGAUAAUUACCCUUGCGGCCGUCUGGCGAGCAACAUCGGCAACACUAUGGGCACAAGAACGUUGAACAUUGAAGAAACCGUGAACCAAGUUUACGGAAACAUAAAUGAGAAUAUGACUCAGAGGAAUUUAACAGCAGUAAACAGCACAAACUCCACUGAGCUGAGCAGGACCACCAUCAGGCCAACACUAGGAAAACAUCACUGGGAUUUCUUUCCCACUUUACCCACCAUCACUGGCAAGACCAACACUGAGCAGCGCAUUGUGGGAGGACUGGAAGCAACACCUGGAGAAAUUCCUUGGCAGGUGGCACUGGUUGACAGAAAGCAGCUGGUGUUCUGUGGCGGUUCUCUCCUGAACGAGAUGUGGGUCAUCACCGCAGCUCACUGCCUGAUGGAAGUGGGGAUCGGAAACUUCUUUGUCAGAUUAGGAGAGCACAAUGUUAACAUUGACGAACAGCGGGAGGUUGAUCGUGAAAUUGACAAGCACCACAUGUAUCCCAGCUAUCAGUACGGGCAAAGCCACAACCAUGACAUCGCCCUGCUAAAACUCCAAAAAAGUGUCACGUUCACAGACUAUAUCAUCCCCAUCUGCCUGGGUCCAAAAACCUUCACGGAGAACCUGCUGAAGAGCGCUCCUCUCUCAGUGGUAAGUGGGUGGGGCCGGCUGCGCUAUGGGGGGAUAGAGUCCGACAAGCUGCAGAAGGUCGAGGUUCCCUUUGUAGACCGCACAGAGUGCAAAGGCAGUGAUAAGAUUUCACGCUUUAUGUUUUGCGCCGGGUUCCUAACAACCCGCAAGGACUCAUGCCAAGGCGACAGUGGAGGACCUCACACCACCAGACAAAACAACACGUGGUUCCUGACGGGCAUCAUCAGCUGGGGGGACGAGUGCGCCAAAGAGGGAAAAUAUGGAAUCUACACACGCUUGUCCAAGUACAUGCCCUGGAUCACAAAUAUAACUGGAAUAAAAAAAAUUUCUUCUGGAUGAGGAGAAGGAGAUACAUGAAUACACGCAAAUCAUGCUGUUUCUUACUGUCAGUUUCCAGAAGCAUUUAUCACUCAUUUGUCACUCAUUUAUCAUCAAAAGGUUUGAACAAUUUUCUAAAUUAUGUCAUGUUGAUGAAAUCAGGAGAUAAGUUAGCUGUAAAGCCGUCUGUGUUUAUAAAGCAGUUGAUUAGCAACCGGAAUUUGCUAAUGAGUGAAUAUUUAACAACACUGUACAUGGACAUGUGCUUUUGCUUUUUCUCAACAUUGGAAAAUAAAAAAAAUUAAACA